UCGCCAGUGUCUGACGAACAAAAGGACGAAGAGCAAGACCGCUCUCGAAUAUCCGGGCUCCUCUCAGCUUUCUCGUGUCACCGUCGCGAACUUGUCCGCAACUCAUUCUCGUCUUAUCUAAUCGGUUAAAAUAUAAUUCCCUUGGGAGAAGCAAGGGGCCCAUGAAACCCGGGAACGUGCGUGCCAGCCAGCCAGAAGCCACAGUGGAAUUGCGAAGAUUUGUGAGUAACGAAUAAAGGUAGAGAGCCUCGUUUUCCUCUCUCAGUGUGUGAGAAUCGUGGGAGCAUUCAGCGACAUAGAGGGGCACGAGGAGUCAGAAGAAGCAUUGGAGGAGGUCGAGAAGCUCACAGAAGGAAGUGGUGGUGGUACUCGAGGAAGGCAGUGUAUGACCUGCCAGAAAGUCUGAAGUCCGGACACGCCGGACUUCAUCCGAACUCCAGAAGUGGCUAAAACGAAUACAUAUAUCCCAAUACGGAGAUACACGUACUGUGUACUCGAGUCGACAGGAGAGAAUAUGGUCGGUUCCAUCAAACUGAUCGACUGAAAAGACAUACGAGUUCUCUAACGUGAGAGGUCUCUGUUUCUCUUACCCUGCCCCUGCCCCUACCUCCAGUCAGCUUCCUGUGUGGAUGAGAGUAAACGGUGCCGUCUGCCGUGUAAACAUGUCGGGGUGUGUAUACCGUGGUAAAUCGUACUGGAAGACGCACGCUACUUUGUAGACGUUCGAGAACGAUUCCUCGAGGAGAUAGUGCUAGUUGGUCGACCCAUCAUUCGUUUGACACGCGUACGGUACUCGGGAAAAACUAUAAAGAAAGCAAAAUUGUCAGAUCUCGUCGAGUAAACAAGAGGAAGAAGAGAAGUCUUGUCAAGUAUUCCUGAAAGGGAAGCAUAACGUGAUACAAAAUAAGCGUAAAACAGUGUGUUCUCUUUGAAUAGACGCUAAACAAAAUAUGUCUGGCUACUACAAAUGACGGUGCAAGGAAUUAAAAAACUCGGCAUCAGCCUGUUAUUGACGCUCUAACGGAAAAGCAACGCGAUGCAUCGGAGACUGGGACACAACUACGAUGGAAAGUACGACGGGAAGAUCGCUGGUCUCUACGACCUCGAAGAGACACUCGGACGUGGACACUUCGCCGUGGUAAAACUGGCCAGGCACGUCUUCACCGGGGAGAAGGUUGCCGUGAAAGUCAUCGACAAGAACAAACUCGAUGAGAUCUCGCGGGCUCAUCUGUUUCAAGAGGUCAGGUGCAUGAAACUGGUUCAGCAUCCUAACGUGGUGAGACUCUACGAAGUCAUAGACACGCAAACGAAGCUCUAUCUGAUCCUUGAGCUUGGCGACGGUGGCGACCUCUACGAUUACAUAAUGCGCCACGACAGCGGUCUCAGCGAAGAGGUGGCCAGAACGUAUUUUCGUCAAAUCGUCAGGGCGAUAUCGUACUGCCAUCGAUUACACGUGGUGCACCGAGACCUCAAGCCAGAGAAUGUCGUCUUCUUUGAAAAACUUGGCACAGUCAAACUCACCGACUUUGGAUUUAGCAAUAGAUUCUGUCCCGGUCAAAAACUGGAGACUUCCUGCGGGUCCCUGGCCUAUUCUGCUCCUGAGAUUCUUCUCGGUGACAGUUACGAUGCCCCGGCUGUCGAUGUCUGGUCCUUGGGUGUGAUCCUUUAUAUGCUGGUCUGCGGUCAAGCUCCAUUCCAGGAGGCUAAUGAUAGCGAAACAUUGACAAUGAUCAUGGACUGCAAGUAUUCCAUUCCUGCUCAUGUCUCUGAUGGAUGUAAACGAUUGAUCGCAAGCAUGCUCGUCAGGAAGCCCGAGGGCAGAGCAACGCUUGAAGAAAUCGCUGCAGAUUCUUGGUUAGCCAUUGGAUCAGACUCUGAUCCUGUGGAAGCGUUACCACUUGUUUCUAGGCAACAGGUGUCCGAGGAACAUCAUAACCUGAUCAUUACGAAGAUGGUGAAUGGUAGCAUAGCCACCAAGGAAGAGAUACUUGACGCCCUCGACAAGAACGAGUACAAUCACAUAACGGCUACGUACUUUUUACUCGCUGAAAGGAAGCUACGGGCGCACAGGCAGGAACAAGAUCAGAAGAAUCGCCCUGAGCUGCUUGAUGUCUCGUCCAGUCAACAAAACAGUCUGACGGACAACGAGCUGCAGGCUGAUAGGAACUCUCUGGGGGGAGGUGUCAACCAGUCUCUACUUAGCGUACCGCGUACACCCGGUGAUGUUCCGCAGAAUGCUCGAACGCGCAAAUGCAGUAUCGUCCAGGAGGAGGAGGACGAGGAUGACAUGUCCUCGUGCUCUGGAAGAGACGACCACGGCAGCAACUCUGCUCUGAACUCAUUCAAUCGGCGAGGAUCACGAUCCGAGGGUAAACUCUCCCACGUCCUGCAGGAGAGACUCGGACAGCUUCCUGAGAAGCAUUCCAGUCACAUCGCUCAUCACCAUCCUCAUAGUCCUGUAACCGCCGUAAUAUCCGUCCGGGACGAAAGGAUAAAGCUGCCGGAGGAGAAGAGCAACGAAGAGUCUUCAGGAUACACGGCAGCUGGUACCAGAUUACAAUCUGCAGUUGGUCUCGAGAAGCUAUCCGGUGUCACGAAGGUUAGUCCCUGCGAUGAAAACGUCAGGAACAGACUGGGUAACGCCGGUCUUGGUGCUCAGCCUGGCGGAUGGAUGAGGAAAGCCGGGAAUCUCGAGGGUCGGCCAAAGUCUGUGACUGAGUGCCUUAAAUCCGGUCCGGUGCCAAGUAAUAAAUGGAGAAUGGGAGCAAAGCAUCAAAGUAUGUCUUCCACAGAGCCAAUCGUGGCGCCGACGACGACGUCUCUGACCCCUGAUUUAUGUUCAGAGGAACCCACGACGACAACUACUAUUCUCACGGAGUCUUCGACGGUCACUAUACCCAUCCGGGUAACUACUGCACUGACUGACAGUCAACUUCAACCCAAGUACAAGACCAUGCCAUCCCCGAGUAGCAUAACACCAAAUACAGGAUCGCCACCGCAGAUAGCGCUCAACGAGAUUCUUGAGGACGGCGAUACUGCAGAGACCGGGUCGGAAGGUGCAGGAAAAUGUCGGGUCGUGCGGAGAAUCGGGUACGAGCAGCGACGAAGUAAAUUCCACAAGACCCGGACAACGUCCUGCUCGAGCUCGGACGCCAGCGACGAUGACAGUGAAAGCAGAAAGAAGCGAGCGCACAAAUUUGGUGGAUCCGAUAAACCUCUACCGCCCAGAAGAGACAGUCACGAUGACUCGAGUGAUUCGCAGGAUCCUGGUGGUACUGGCGGCGGGGGCGGAAGUGGUAGUCGAGGACAUAGUGAGUGCACGCAUGGACCAUCCACAGGGACAGAGAAUGGGAAGACCGGAACCAGCGGUAGCAGUGGCAGUACGACAAACACAACAACAACAACAACAACAACCGGUGGCAAACGGUGCUCCGAAACUCAAACAAUAUGCUUUGGCCGAAGACAUCGGGCUGGGAGACGAAGAGCCGGCGAGACGAGACUCCGAGAGAGUCAGUCUCUGAAUCGUAUAACGGAAGUCCAAGAAGCCGAAGCACCGUGUCAUAAUCAUUCUCAUAGUCACUACCACAAUCACAACCAUAACAUAGUGUACACCCAGAGUGUUUCUUCGGUCUCCCAUACCGUUUCGCAGUCCAUUACGAACAGCGUGUCCAAUACGAUGUCUCAGACCGUAUCUCAUACCGUAACCACGGUGCAAAAAGCCAAAGGUUUUGGUGCGAGGCUUCUGCAAAGCUGGUCUUUGAGUGGCAAGUCUGGAUCGACGACUCCGAGAAAGGAAGAGCAGGCGCAGCAACAGGCUCAGGACGAGGAAAGAAAGUCAAGACCCCGUUCAAAUGGCAGCCAAUCCGAAGACCGUGAGAAUCGCGACCCAAUAAACAAAAAUGAAUGCAAGAGUCGCAAGAUGAGACUGCUGAGUCGCUAUUUCGCUGUGCACAAGAAGCUUUGCGUACCUUUACCCGGACUCUUUGGUAAGGGUCGCCUCUACAAAGCUCGUUCGUGUGGAAGUAUAGCCAGGGACCGUGUGAGUCCGCCAUCCCCUAAGUCAAUGCUACUCUGCGCGGAUGACAAGUGGCGGGAUCGUCAACAGUGGUGCAACGUGAAGCAUCAGCAUCGUGGUAGCGACGGAGAUAUCAAUCAAAAUUUGGGAUUAGCACACCUGAUGCAAGACAGUGUCGUCGGUAAGGGUUGCACCGGACUUCCCGCAGUGUGCCACAUUCAUCUGGGCGACGCCUCCAAGUGCUGCAGCCUCUGUUGACCAUAAUCAUCGGCUGUACGUGUGCGACACUCGAGCGUCGGGGAUACAUUGGAAUUUUGAACAUUAGGACUCUCAAUGCAAAAGGAAGAUGACACGAUGCUCUGUGCCCACGAUUGUACCUGAAUAUCGAGAAACAUAAAGGAUCCACAUGCGUCCGGGAUCGAGUAUCUCUCCUCUAGGUAUCAUGUAUGCCAAGCUGAGAAUAAAUGGACGUCGUCGUGCGCGUCCCUUUGUUACCGCUACGACGAGGGCGGUGUAUCUAGUCCGUGUGAAGAAACCUGUAUUAAAUGUUACAGAGUUUAUUAUCAUAGGCAUACCUAGUUAUUAUGAACGUUCAAUUCACGAUUAGGCAUAUCGUCUAGCGAGAUAUGUAAAGACGUUCCCGGCGGAUCGACGCGUCGGCCGAACUCCUGCUACGUGCUGCUGAUUAUUCGCCAAUUGAAGGAUCAAUUAUAUUUACGAGAUCUGAGUCAAUGCCGUAGCUGAACGUUGCAUAAAAUAUAAUGGUCAAAAGAAAGGUCUCCGCAGAAUCUCAAUUUUAAAGAUGACUAAAGUACCGCUAUUAGUGCUAUACGUAACAUGGACAUAAUUUAAGAGGUAGAGAACAAAAUUAAUUGCCAAAUGCUAAAAAUGCCAGCUGAACGCGAGUAUUAACUAAAUUAAUUUAAAUUUAUCGUUGCGUCUCGUAAUCGAUCCGCCAUUCGGGAACUCGGUGGCCGCCAUCACCGUCUUUCAGCAGACAAGCCAAAGGUUUCGAUUUCGAUUCCACUUUCGUUCUCGUUCCCGUCUUCGGCCAUGUUUUUAUCCCUCACGCGUUUCUCUAACGACGCACUGGGACUAUCAGUGAAACACGGGCCUUGCUCGGGAACCGUACGUGACUGACUGUAUUUAUAACGCGCAUUAUUAAACCUAGUUGUAAAGUCCAAUUAAAUGUACGCAUACACGUUAUAUACAUACCUCUGCGUACAUAUGCAACAUUCAUAAUAUGAAAAAUCGAAUCACAUUGAAACACAGCAAUUAGCAUCUGUCUCAAAUGGCACCGAUUGCCGUCUGCACUGAAGAAAUUUAAAAUGAAAAAAAGAAAAAGCUAAAGAAACACGUAUCCGAUGCGCGUAUUGAACUACAAAGAGAUUAGCGAGUAAUCACUACGUGUUCUAAUAGACGCGUUAUUAUUAGUAAUCUUAUUUUCCGUUGUCGCUUAUUAAUUGUAUAUUUACACGCGAUCAUUCUUCCUCCAUUUUUUUUUUUCUUCGCGUAAUGUCCAUCUCCACGGAUCCACGAUCUUCCCUUAUCGCUAAACAUUGAUUAUCCUUGAUCAUGAAACAUCUUCGGGAACGUCACGAUGAAUUAUUAUCAAUUAUUCUUAUUAAUGCCGAUAACGUUAAUUCGUCGGAUAGAGAAUAU